AGCGUCUGUACUGUUGGCAGGAGUGACCAGAAUAAAAACAGCAACACCAGACAUAGAGGAGGAAAAAAAGCAAAGUGAUCCAUUGAACCAGAGUCUUUGCCCUCUCUUAAUUACGUCGAGUCCCAUAUCUUUCCCCUUUUUUUUCCACCUUUUUCCUGCACUCUUUAAGACGCUGGGCUCGUGGUAAUUAGUUAGAAGAGAAUAAAACCAGCUGAUCGGGAGAGGGGUGGUGCAUUUUGGAGCGAGAUGGCUAACAGAAACAUUCUGUUGCUCUUCUGUGGACUCUUCCUCUUAGCAGUGAUUCAGCCCUCUCUGCAAGGAGGUGUGUACGUACCACCUGGUGCUGGGAUCGGACCUGGAGGCACUGGACCAGGAACUGGAUUCUUUCCAGGGGCUGCUGGAGGAGUCCCUGCGGGCUAUAAACCAGCUAAAGCGGCAGGAGGUUAUGGAGUUGGAGGCCGUGGUGUUGGGCCAGGUGGUCUGGUGCCAGGAGGUGUUGGGACUGGUGGAUUGGGCGUUGGAGGACUGGGAGCAGGACAAGGUGGAAAGCCCCCUAAACCAGGUUAUGGCAGUCUAGGAGCUGGUGGUCUUGGAGGUGGUGGCCUGGGAGCUGGAGGUUAUGGAGGAGGUGGUUAUGGCGGAUAUGGUGGAGGCGCUGGAGGCUUCUUCCCAGGAGCUGGACAGAAGGCUGCCAAAAGAGGUGCAGGAGGUCCACUGCUACCACAUGGAGGGACUGGAGGAACUGUGCUUGGGGCAGGAGGAGGCACUGGUGGCACAGGAACUGGAGCCGCAGUGCCCGCUGGAGUACCUGUUAUUCCUCAGACAGGCCUUCCAGGAGGGGGUGGAGGUGUUGGUGCUGGCGGAAAGAAAGCUGCCAAAGUCCCAGGUGUGGGUGUGCCUGGACUUUACCAAGGUGGACUGGUGCCAGGACAAGGGUUUGGUGGACGUGGCGUUCUGCCUGGGGUGGCCACUGGAACUGACCUGACUCCCAAAUCAAUUGGAGGAGGAGGAGGACAAGGAGGUCAAGGACCAGGAGGCCGUGGGUUUGGUGGGCCGAUGCAGCCAGGAGUGUUUCAUGGAUAUCCCCUCAAAUUACCCAAACUGCAAGGUGCCUAUGGAGCAAAAGCUGGAGGUGGCAAACUGCCUUUAGGUUAUGGUUAUGGUAAUGGUGGCGCUGGGACAAGGCCUGGAUAUCCUGUUGGAACCGGCGUGGGGCCCGGGGGCCUCACACCUGCUCAGGCUAAAGCUGCAGCUAAAUAUGGCUUGGGUGGUGUUGGUGGCGUUGGUGGUGUUGGAGGCGUUGGUGGUGUUGGAGGCACUGGUGGACUGUAUCCAGGGCAGGUGCCAGGAGGAGUGGGGGUGGGUGGCCUCACACCUGCUCAGGCAAAAGCUGCUGCUAAAUAUGGCUUGGGUGGUGUUGGUGGUAUUGGUGGUGUUGGUGGUGUUGGCGGCGUCGGAGGCGUCGGAGGUGUUGGUGGUGUUGGUGGUGUUGGAGGCAUUGGUGGACUGUAUCCAGGGCAGGUGCCAGGAGCAGGAUUUGGAGUGGGGUCCAAGGCUGCUAAAUAUGGAGUGCCAGGAGGAGUGCCAGGGGGAGUACCAGGGGGAGUACCAGGAGGAGUACCAGGAGGAGUGCCAGGAGGAGUACCAGGGGGAGUACCAGGAGGAGUACCAGGGGGUGUACCAGGAGGGGUACCAGGAGGAGUACCAGGACUGCUACCGGGAGGUGCACCCGUGGUUGGUGGAUUUUCACCAGCAGCCAAAGCAGCUAAAUAUGGGCUAGGAGGUGCAGGAGGACAGUUAGGGGCUGGGGGACUUGGAGGUGGACUAGGAGGAGUACUAGGAGGAGGAUUGGGAGGAGGUGGAGGAUAUGCUGCUGCCAAAGCUGCUAAAUAUGCAGGGGGACUGGGAGGAACAGGAGGAUUUGGAGGAAUACCAGGACAGGGAGGACCAGGAGGACUGGGAGGAGCAGCAGGAUAUGCUGCUGCUAAAGCUGCUAAAUAUGGAGCAGGGGGGCUAGGAGGAGCAGGACUUGGAGGAACAGGAGUACUGGGAGGUGGAGGACUAGGAGGAGGAGGACUAGGAGGUGGAGGAUACUCUGCCGCUGCUAAAGCUGCUAAAUAUGGUCCGGGUGGUGCAGGGGGAGUUCCAGGUGGUGGUGUAGGUGGAGGAGGAGUUCCUGGAAGAGUCCCAUUUUUACCAGGAUACGGAUCUUUGGCAGCCGGUGCUAAACCUCAAUAUGGAGUCCCAGGAGCAGGCCUAGGAGGAGGCGGAGUCCCAGGAGCAGGACAGGUAUUUCCUGGUGCAGGUGGAUUCGGUGGUUAUGGACCUGGUGCUGGAGUCAAACCCCCAAAAUAUGGAGGUUUAGGAGGAGCUGGAGCAGGGCUUGUAACAGGACAACUAGGAGGGACAGGAGGAGCAGGAGGAGUUCCUGGUUUUGGACCAGGAUAUGGAGGUGGACAAUACUAUGCUGCUGCUAAAGCAGCUAAAUACGGAGUUGCAGCAGGACCAGGAGGAUAUGGAGCAGGGUUAGGAACAGGACAAUUGGGAGGAGGAGGAGCAGGAGGUGUUCCUGGUGGGGGACUAGGAGGUGGACAAUACUCUGCUGCUGCAAAAGCUGCUAAAUAUGGGGGAGCUGGAGCAGGGUUAGGAACAGGACAACUGGGAGGGACAGCAGGAACUGGCGGAGUUGUACCCUCAGGGGUUGGGGCUGAAGGCUAUCCAGGCGGUGUGAAACCACCAAAACUUGGAGGAGUCACUGGAAUAGGACUCGAUGUGCCAGGAGCCACUCCAGACACUGCUGUCAGUGGUGCCCCAGAUGGUUCUGCUGUUUUUGUGCCAGGAAAGGAUGUAGGAUUUACUGGAACUCCUCGACCAGAGCCUACGCCUAUUGCCGCAAUUGGCAAGACCCCAGAGGUCCCACGGCCCAGUAAGACUCGCAUGAAACCUCUGAAGUGAAAUCUAUGUUAUUUAAUAUAUUUUUCAAAUUGUAGAUGAGUUGUACGAUGUCUUUCUUCACUCUGAUGUAGUACGAGACAGUCCACUCAGUAUUUGUCACUGUGCUUGUUUAUCCCAAAAGAGGCACUUAAAGGGACUGUUCAACGCUAAAUCAAAAUCCAGUUUCCUCUUACCUGUAGUGCUAUCAGUCUAGAUUGUUUUAGUAUGAGUUGCUGAAUAUUAUAGAUAUCAGCCAUAGAGAUGUCUGCCUUCUCUUGAAUAUAAUGGAAUUAGAUGGCACUCGGCUUGUGGAGCUCAAAAUGCCAAAAAAAUACAUUUGAAACAUUGAACAGCAAUGUCUUUUGCCAAAAAUCAUGCCCCGAAGCUUGUUGUGUGAGGUAACGGAACUAUUUUCUUUCUACUGACCUACACUCACCAACUGUAUCACCGCACAGAAGGAAGUGUACAUUGACUCAUGGACAAGAGGCAUAUGACAGCGCGAAACUUAAUGGCAACCUCCUUGGCUGAGCUGUAACAUUAGCAAGCUCAGUGGUGCUAGGUGCGCUAGCAGUUGCUGCAUCCAUCUGCACAGUGUUACGGCUGACAGGUGUAGCUUGUUAGAAAAAAAAUAUUCCCAUCCAUCCUGAACCACCUCAACUGAGCCUUUUCGAUGCGAAGAAGCAGCGGCUCUACUCCAAGCUCCCUCCAUAUGUCCGUGCUCCUCAUCCUAUCUCUCAGGCUAAGCCCAGCCACCCCACAGAGGAAACUCUUUUCGCCGCUUCUCAUUCUUACUGUUACUCAAAAUAGUUCCCACGUUAAAAAAAUGCUCACAACAGGGUCUGUUGAUUAUCUUGAGUAACAGGUUCAUGAUUUCUGGAAAGAGACAUUUCUGUUGAGCUUUGCAAAUGUUUUUAUUUUCUUUGGUGUGUGUUUUAAGCACCACGAGCCAAGUGCCAUCGAGUUCUAUGAUACCUAUGCUUGCUGAUAUCUAACAGAACACUCAGCAAAUCACACCACAAAAAUCUAGAUUGAUAAGUAGCACUACAUGUGAGAGAAAAAAGACACUGUUGAUUUUGGGGUGAAGUGUCCCUUUAAGAAUCUUCUUCAUGAUUUGAGCACCAUCCAAAUUUAGCAUCCUAAUGAUUACAGAUUUAAAUCUGAGAAGCACAGUCUGUUAUCUUAUUGGAGUCCCAGCUGGCCCCACAGCUAUAUUUUACUGUUUCGCAGCAUGUUUAAUUAUACAAUAUGGAAUCUAGUCAUAAUGUGCAAAGGCCAAAAAUAACAGCGUGGGGCAUUUUGUGAUUCUGACCUUGAUGAGAAUUGUUCAUCUUCACAAAUACUGUUUGGACAGACUGUAGAAAACUUUCCUGAGCAUAGCUUAAUUAUUUAAUCUAAUAUUAUUCUGCUUCACUUUGGGACUGUAAGAACAGGCUCUGUUUAAUCACUUCUUUCAGCAUUACACAUGAUCUAUGAUUUAAUGGCAAAAUUUGGAUUUGCCACCAGACCUGUAGUGCUGAAAGAGAGGUUGAUUUAGCCUGUCUGGUCCCUGACACUCCCCGAUCACUCUGCCAGUUGUGGCCUCUUUUCUGCUUUCCUUGUUACUAAUACUAACACUGUGCUUGAAAGAUAACUUUCAUGCAUACAAUAGCUGUAAUUUCUGGAUAAUGGUAAAUCUAACGUUUUUGUUUGGUAGACUUCCAGACAUUGAUGUUGGGAUGUUGUUCUCCACAUUUCAUGUUUAAAGUUUGUUUUGACUGUAUGUAUGCCUGCAUUUUUUUCCUCAGUAGUGUUGUGUGUCCUCUUUUUACUUUCUACAGCGGGGGACUUUUGUGAUAGCUCCAGGAUUUCAAUUUUAUAAAACCACUGCCAAGAUAAUAACUUGAUAUUUGAUUCACAGCUUUACAUAGUAAUGUAUAUAAAGUGUGGAUCCCCUGCUAUAGAAUGCUACCUGUCCGUAGUAUGUUGUUUCAUCUUGACACGAUUUUCUCCUCAUGUUAAAUUAUUGUUUUAUAUUAUUUUAAGUUGUUCCCAUUGUCCCUGAUUGUUUUUCUCCUUUCUCUUUUUCCAACAUGUACAAUUUGAUUCUGUUUUAUAGAUUCAUCAUUAACAGCAGCUGUAUAUUUCAUUAGUAUGAAUGUCACCAAACCAACAGACACAAUUAUUGAAAUUUAACAUUUUAAAAGACAAUUCGACUGACUUUGCUCUUUUAUUCUUUUUUAUUCUUUUCUUGCCCUUCGUACUCCUGUGGCGGCUCUGUGACAGCAGGCGUUGGUGGUGGAAUUCUUCAGCCUAGCG